UUUUUUAUGUAUGCAAUGACGUCAUUUGACAGUUUUGGGAGGCUAGCUUCUUGACGGAGGAACAAAGUGAAGCACAGCGGAUGGUUUUAUGUGCAACAGCCUACUAAACAAAGUUUUCCCAAUACACCUGCCACGCAACCCCCAACAGUCUUCCCCCGUGAGACCUAAGAGCACGCCACACUGGCAGCAAUGUCUUACAGUAAAGCAGACGGCUAUCGCACCCAGCCACGGGACUCCAAUACGCUCAUCCAGACAUGCAGCUCCAACAUCCAGAAGAUCACACAGAACACUGCUCAGAUAAAGAGCAUGGUGAAUCAGCUGGGGACGAGGCAAGACACAAGCGAACUGCAGGACCGUCUACAGCACAUACAGCACUUUACCAACCAGCUGGCCAAGGAGACCAACAAGCACCUGAAAGACCUGGGCUCCGUCUCACUAUCUUCAGCACCUUCAGAGCAGAGGCAACAGAAGAUCCAGAAGGACCGGCUGAUGAAUGAUUUCUCCGCUGCCCUCAACAACUUCCAGGCCAUACAGCGCCAGGCAGCACAGAAGGAGAAGGAGUCUGUGGCCAGAGCCCGAGCUGGUUCCCGUCUCUCUGCUGAAGAUGGUGCCUCUGAGGAACAGCUCGUGUCUUUUGAUAACCAAGAAGAUUGGGGUCAGACAACCACACAGACGACAGAGGAGGCCAUAACAGAAGAGGACUUGGAGCUUAUCAAGGAGAGAGAGACCAACAUCAGACAGCUGGAGUCGGACAUCUUGGAUGUGAACCAGAUCUUCAAGGAUCUAGCAGUGAUGAUCCAUGAUCAGGGAGAGAUGAUUGACAGCAUAGAGGCCAACGUAGAGAGUGCUGAGGUCCACGUAGACCGAGGGACAGAACAGCUCCAGAGAGCCUCCUACUACCAGCAAAAGUCCCGUAAGAAGAUGUGCAUUCUGGCUAUGGUCAUGUCCAUAGUACUGACCAUACUAGGCAUCAUCAUCUGGCAAGCCACCAAAUGAGAAGAGAGACAACCCUCCUCUUUUUCACAUCUUUAUUUAUUUAAUUCCCCCCUCCAACCUGAAACAUCAGCCCGGGAUGGAUCCCCUCCAACCUGAAACACCAGCCCGGGAUGGAUUCCCGGAGCGAUGCCCAGCUAGCUCACUGUUGCCAGGGUCAGUGGAGUGGCAUCAGGGCAAAGGGAUGGGUCUGGGAUAUGUAACCUGACAUUCCCUACCUGAGCUCAAGGCCUCCAGCUAACCUCCUGUCUCAUUUACCCUGAGACAAGGCAGUAGUAUUCCUAUUCAAAUGUCGAGUAUUGGUGUAAAAUGGGGCUGGAGAGGGGAUUAAUAUAAAGAUAUUCUGUUUAAUUCUACUUGUGAUAUUUACUACACUAACAUUCAUUGUAUUUCCAAACACACAUAAUUGUUGUUAUUAAUAUUAUUGUUGAUGAACUAUUAUAUAGCAAAUGGGGACGGACACCGAUAUGAAAAAAAUAAAACUGUUGUUUUUGUAAAUUCAUCUCUGGGUUUUGUAGGGUGAUGAAUGAUUUUGGUAACCUGUACAUUUCCGGUACCUUUUUGGUAUGUAAACAGUUUAGAGUGACACACUCCAUUCAAGUUAUAGGACAGGUUUCCUGAACAUAGAUUAAGUCUCGAUGGCGAUUCUGCAUUGACCUUGCAUUUUAGUCCAGGACUAGUCUUAAUCUGUGUCCAGGAAACCACCCCAUAGUCCUUAUAUUGCUCAGGUGAGAUCAGGUUCUGAUAGUGAACCUUUUUUUUUUUUAUCCAACUGUCUACAUGAUAAUAACAAACUCUGGUCGUAAUAAACACAUUUAUUAACACUGUUGAAGAGCAAACCUCUUGGCAGUUUCCAAAACACAGAUUAAGCUUCAAAUUAUUUGUAAUUAUGUUCCCGGCACCUUGACCAUCCGCUCAAUAAAAAAAUAGUCCUGCGGCUCAAAUCUAGUUUAUAGCGCAGUGGUCUAGGGCACUGCAUCGCAGCGCUAGCUGUGCCACCAGAGACUCUGGGUUCGCGCCCAGGCUCUGUCGCAGCCGGCCGCGACCGGGAGGUCCGUGGGGUGACGCACAAUUGGCCUAGCGUCGUCCGGUUUAGGGGGGGUUUGGCCGGUAGGGAUAUCCUUGUCUCAUCGCGCACCAGCGACUCCUGUGCUGGGCCGGGCGCAGUGCGCGCUAACCAAGGUAGCCAGAUGCACGGUGUUUCCUCCGACACAUUGGUGCGGCUUACUUCCGGGUUGGAGGCGCGUUGUUUUAAGAAGCAGUGCGGCUUGGUUGGGUUGUGUUUCGGAAGACGCAUGGCUUUCGACCUUCGUCUCUCCCGAGCCCGUACGGGAGUUGUAGCGAUGAGACAAGAUAGUAAUUACUAACAAUUGGAUACCACGAAAUUGGGGAGAAAAACGGGUAAAAUAAAAUAAAAAUAAAAAAUCUUGUUUAUAAUCCCUGUCGUAGAUGGUGUUGACUGAAUAGGAUGAUCAUAGUUGUUGAUGUGCUGUAAAACUUCAUUUAUGACUGAUGUUCUCAUUAUGAUGCAAAUCUUUGUAAUAUAUUACAAUCUUGGACUACAAAACCCAUUUAUAAUGACAAUAUAUAUGUUAAUUGCAACUGUAGUUUUUAAAAACAAAAGUAAUUGUCAACCUGUUUUAUUGAUAUCUAUGACUUCUAUCAAUAUGCUUAAAUAAAAACUAUGUCUUAAACACAA